GCCGCCAGCGCCAGCAACUGCGCCAAGCCUUCCUGCAGUGCCUGCCGAGACCAGCCCUCCAGCAUCCGCUGAGUUGGCACUUGAGUUGGCUUCAGCAGUGGAGGUGACUGACAAGACCCUCCACACAGUGAUGGGCAAUCUGGGGAGGGCUAAGGAGCAGCUCCAACUGUUGCGGGAAAAGAAGGCGCGCUUGAGCGAACAGAUCCGGCGCUUGAAGGCGACUGACAUGGACGCUCCCGCUCCUGUAGCUUCAUCAGGAGUGCGAGCACCUGAAGCUAUGCCAGCUGCCCCUGACCAUGUGGAAACCCAGGUUGUUGACUUGAUGGCAGUGGAUGUCACAAACCUUCCUGAAUCUCAGGAGCCCUCCACUUCACCCAAGGUGCCCAGUGAUGAGUUGAGAUCCCGCUAUCAGAGCAAGGGCGAGAAACCGAACCAGGACGAGCCCUUGCCUCCAGCCACUGCUUUGCCCUUCGAGCCGCCUGCAACUGAUGCCGAGGCUGCCAAGCCCACAGUCAUUGAGAAGGAGGACGAAAUCCUUUUGAGGAACGAUCAGCUCACCCGGAAAGCCACCAACAAGGCCAAGGGCAAGAGGGGGCAAAAGCCAAAGAAGGGCAGGAAGGGAAAGAAGGGGAAGAAGGGAAAGAAGGGAAAGAAGCAAUGUGCUGAGUCACCAGGGAAGCCGUCUAGUGGCUUGGGCAAGUCUCAGCGGAGGAGAAAGACUUUGAAGGUGGCUGCCGCUGGUGCGGCUGAUUCCCUGGAGACAGGCCCCAAGUCCUUUGAAGCCUCUGGCCACUCAGUUGAGAAGGCCAAGAGCGCCAAGCGCAAGAGGGGUGCAAAUCUGGGGGAGGAAGAGGCUGAGCCCAAAUCCAAGUCCAAGAAGGCAAGAGCUGCUGAAGUCCAGGAGAGGGUGCAUCAGGUUAUGUUUGAUGAAGAGGUUUGCGAGCAGCUUCUCAGCUUUGUCAAAUACUUCGAGGCCGAAGAGGUUCCAACAAAGCAGUACUUCAAGUUACGCAUGCGCUCUUUGGUCGAGAACAUCACGCCCUACCCGCUCAACAUCUACUGGACGAGGGCUAGCUGCGGAGUCACGUGCAAAGAGACUGGGAAAGAUGUCCACACAUUUUCCUUCAACGGCUCUCUUGCGCCAGCUGCUCAUCGGCUUGCAGUGUCAGUCAAGGUCGCGGAGAUCGUGGCAUUCAACUUGGCCAAUGAUCCAGAGGAUCCAGCCUUCGCAAGCAAGGAGAGCUCAGGGAUUGCUUGUCUGAAGUACAAUGCUGAGCAUGUCCUGAGCAAGCUUCUGCAGCCGCAGGGGUGA